AUAUCAUCAAGCCCCCCUGGCUCCCCUCAUUCUUGCACAACGUCCACUACUCUCAAACGGCACGCCAUGGUACAGCUCGAAAAACUCUCUUCUAACAAGGCUGCCGGGAGCUUCCUCACAAAGUAUAAAUUCCCUUCCGCCUCCCUCGCCCUUCCCACUCAGUUCAACGUCUUCGUCCCUUCCUCCGCUUCCCCUGAUUCCCCAGCCCCUGUCCUCUUUUACCUCGCAGGUCUCACCUGUACUGAAGACACUGGUGCUCAGAAGGGAGGAUUCUUUAACACUGCAGGCAAAGAGGGGAUCGCCCUCGUCUUCCCCGAUACUAGCCCUAGGGGUGCGGGAGUAGAAGGCGAGGACGAUGAUUGGCAGUUGGGUACUGGUGCAGGAUUCUACAUCAAUGCCGAGACGGACAAAUGGAGGAAGCAUUAUAACAUGUAUGAUUUGAUUGUAAAGGAAUUGCCAGAGGUGUUGAAGGAGGCGAACUUGGGUCUUGACUUUUCCAAAUGGUCUAUAAUGGGACACUCCAUGGGUGGGCACGGUGCUCUGUCCAUCUACCUUAAGAACCCAGGCCUUUUCAAGUCUGCCUCUGCCUUUGCUCCCAUCUGCAACCCCGCCGCCGUUCCAUGGGGUAUCAACGCAUUCAGUAAUUAUCUCUCCUCCUCUUCUUCCUGGCUUGCCCACGACUCUUCCGCGCUUCUUCCACAGUUUGCGGAUGAACCCAAGAUCUUGGUGGAUGUCGGUACGGAUGACCAGUUCCUCAAGCAAGGCCAGCUACAGCCGCAGACGUUGGAAAAGGCCGGGAAGAAGGGUGUGGAGGUAAGGAUGCAAGAUGGAUAUGAUCAUUCUUAUUAUUUUAUUUCGACUUUUGGCCCUGAGCACGUUGCUUUCCACGCCAAGUACCUCAAGGCUUAAUUGAGGAGCAAAUAUUAAUGAUACAGGUAAAUUAUUAACUCGUCUCGAUUAUAAACAAAAAGUAUGAAUUUUGUCCUCUAUGUCUACUCCGCUAUCUUCAAAACAGUAUCUACCUCUACAUGAACGGGACGCAGCAGUCUCAGACAAACACAACCAGCUCACUGACGUUUGUCUUCCCCUCCAGCAACCUAUUCAGAAUAACCUUGAACAACUUCUCCACAUCCAUCCGCAUCCUUCUUUUUCCACCACCGCUCCUUCCGCCCAGUCCCCUCGAGAAGGCUUCAAGCUACUGAUGGGCAUAUGCGAAUACUUCAGUCUGCAGUAUCGUUACAGACAUGGAGUCGUCAAUUCGAUUUCCAUCGCGAAGCAUCCACUACAAAGCCGAAUAAGGUGCUAUUUGCGGGGGAUAGUCAUGGAAGAUAUGUCAUGUUCAGCUUCAAGUAUCGUUUGUAGAUGAGAUGAUUGCAAAGAUAGGUUUGAUGUUAGGUCAUAGAUGGGUCGUGCGUUGGUCAUUCAUAUGAUAGUCACAUAGCAGGGUUUCAUGCGAUUUCCAUGAUGAAA